AUGGCGGAGUUGGGUGAAGCUGGUGAAGCAGAAUUGCAACGCCUUGUGGCGGCGGAACAGCAGAAGGCGCAGUUCACUGCACAGGUGCAUCAUUUCAUGGAACUAUGUUGGGAUAAGUGUGUGGAGAAGCCAGGCAAUCGUCUAGACUCUCGCACUGAAAAUUGCCUCUCUAGCUGUGUGGACCGUUUCAUUGAUACUACCCUUGCCAUUACCAGUCGGUUUGCCCAGAUUGUACAGAAAGGAGGGCAGUAA